AUGCCUCAACUCCGUCAGCCGUCUAAUCAGAUCAAAUUGACGAAUAUCUCAAUAGUACGCCUAAAGAAAGGAGGGAAAAGAUUUGAAAUCGCGUGUUACAAGAACAAAGUGCAGGAAUACAGAAACGGAGUCGAAACCAAUCUAGAUGACGUUUUACAAGUCAACAAUGUUUUUGUGAACGUCUCAAAGGGAGAAGUUGCCAAGAGUGGAGAUCUACAGAAAGCUUUCGGCAAGGUUGAUGUUUCUGAAGUCGUUCAAGAGAUUCUGAAAAAAGGCGAACUUCAAGUCGGCGAAAAGGAACGAGAUCACGAUUUGGAAACCCUACGAAAAGAGAUCGCUACGCUCGUGGCAGAGAAAUGUGUAGAUCCGGCCACCCAACGACCGUACCCAGUUGGAAUGAUCGAAAAGGCGAUGGCAGAGGCGGGAUAUAGCAUCAAGCAAAAUAAGAACGCCAAGAGUCAGGUAUCUGAAUGCAUCAAGCUAUUGCAAAGUGAUUCAAAUCUUCCCAUUCAACGAGCACGCAUGAGGAUCAAAGUCGCAAUGCCAACCACCGACGCUGACAAGCUCCGCCAAAAAAUACUCGAAGCCGCUGAAAAGGUGGAACAUGAUGAAACAGGACAGUUGGAUUGGGAAGUAACGAUGCUGAUCGAUCCAGGCCAAUUCCGUGUCAUCAAUGAACUACUUCAGAAGGAAUGUAAAGGCAGAGGUCGCCUUGAGACCUUGUCGUUCGCUGCCACCGCCAAUACCCCUGCCACAAGUUCAGAUUGA